CCAAACGCAAACCACAAACUAUCUGGCGCGCGGCCCCUGCAAAAAUGUCUUCCCAGAGCCUGCAACAGUCCAGCCCAGUACUGGCAAAGAUCCUGACGUAUUUCCUGCUGCUGCUGUCGUCGUCGGCAACAAGCGUGGCCGCGGCCGGGAAGAAGGUCACGGCGAUCAUCGUGUUUGGGGACUCGACGGUGGAUCCGGGCAACAACGACUACAUCCCGACCGUGGCCAGGGGCAACUUCCCGCCGUACGGGCGCGACUUCGACGGCGGCGUCGCCACCGGCCGCUUCUCCAACGGCCGCCUCGUCACCGACUUCUUCUCGGAGGCGUUCGGGCUGGCGCCCACCGUGCCGGCAUACCUCGACGGCAGCUACACCAUCGACCAGCUCGCCCGCGGCGUCAGCUUCGCCUCCGGAGGCACCGGGCUCGACCCUUUGACUGCACAAAUCGCAUCAGUGAUACCGUUGAGCCAACAGCUGGAGUACUUCAAGGAGUACAAGGAGCGUCUCAAGGAGGCCAAGGGGGAGGCCGCGGCGGAGGAGAUCGUCGCCGGGGCGCUCUACCUCUUCAGCAUCGGCACCAACGACUUCCUCGUCAACUACUUCGUGCUGCCUCUCCGUCGCGCCCACUACACGCCCUCGGAGUACGUCGCGUUCCUGGCGGGCCUCGCGGGCGCCGCCGUGCGCGAGACGUACGGGCUCGGCGCCCGCAAUAUCGUCUUCAGCGGGCUCGCGCCGUUCGGGUGCAUGCCCGCUGCCAGGACGAUGAACCGCGUGAACCCCGGUGAGUGCAACGAGGAGUACAACCGGGCUGCGCUGGAGUUCAACGCCGCGGUCCGGGACGCCGUCGUGGGCGCUGAGCUUCCGGGAGCGAGGGUGGUGUACUCGGAGCUGUACGGUGUGGUGUCUGACAUGGUGGGCAGCCCGGAGGAGCACGGGUUCGAGAACGCGGCGGAGGGGUGCUGCGGCACGGGGUACAUCGAGACGUCGGUCCUGUGCGGCAUGGACCAGGCGUUCACGUGCCGGGACGCCGACAAGUACGUCUUCUUCGACUCGGUGCAUCCUUCGGAGCGGGCGUACGAGAUUGUUGCGGACCAUGUUUUGAGUACCGCGUUGCACGUGUUCCUGUGACGUUUUUUUCUUUUUCGGAAAAGCUGUGUACGUGUCGAGGUUGAUGUAAUACUGUACAUGACUUAAUUAGCCUACUUAUUAACAAUAGUGCCCAUCACCGGUGAAAACUACUUGACCACUAC